CAGAAAGCAGAACAAAAGGAAAAAGAGAAGCGACAACGUGAACGGCUACGAAGCCUUGAAAUUCAACGCGACAAACUACACAAAGCCGCUUGGUGA